AAUGAGAUUAAGCACUAAAGUAGAAAUAGAUUACUUACAAUCACUCAUAUUCGUAUUGAGUCUACUAACUCGAUUUUGGUGUUUAGAGAAACCAAGACACGUUGUAUUUGAUGAAAUUGUGUUCGGUAAACAUGUCUCCAUGUAUGUGAAACGACAGUUCUAUUUUGAAUCAAAUCCUCCUUUUCCAACAAUGCUUGUUGCACUAUCUGCAGUUUUUGGCGGCUACAAUGGGGAGUUUGAUUAUGAUACCAUUGGUCAAGUUCUAAAGAUUGAUUGGAUAUUUUGGCAAGCGCUUAUGGGAAUAAGUGCUGGGUUAGCCAUUGGCCUUAUUCUUAUUCAUCUAAUGAUUUUAAAUAAAUCUGGUCCUCAUGACCAUAAAAUGUCUCUUGCCUUUCAAUCUACACUAUUGGAUGGAGUUAUAAAAUUUGAUAAGGGUCAACCGACAAAGAUAGCUUAUGGGUCACAAAUAACUUUGAGAAAUUCUGAAAAUAAUUGCUGGCUUCAUUCCCAUAAAGACCGCUAUCCCAUAAAAUAUUCUGAUUCUCGGGGUAGUAGCCAUCAGCAGCAAAUUACAUGCUACGAAUUUCAAGAUGUAAAUAAUUGGUGGAUCGUUAAGAAACCAGGCAGCUCCUCACUAUUCGCCAAAAACAAAUUGGAAAUAUUAAAGAAUGGUGAUCCUUUUCAAUUAGUUCACCUAUUUACUGGGAAAUUUUUGAAUAGUCAUAACGUUGCUGGACCCGUAACACCAACAAACCAAGAAGUGUCGGGAUACAUUGAUUAUAAUAUUUCAAUGCCUGCUUACAAUAUCUGGAAUUUGGAAAGUUCUAAUUUUAAUUGGGAAGCAAUCACAUCGACAUCUAGACUAAUUCAUAACAAAACCAACACUUUUUUAAGAAUAACAGGUCAGAGACUGCCUGAUUGGGGAUUCAGACAGCUCGAGGUAACAACUGUAAAAAAUAGAAUGGAAUCCUACAUUAGUUGGAAUGUUGAAAAUCAUAUAUACAAUUUCGAACCAGAAGGUUUUUCUGGGAAUCAGUAUGAUUAUUUAAAAUCUCAAUUAAGAAAUCCAAAUUUACAAACAAAAAGUGAUAGAUCUCAGUCAGGAAAAGUCAGCCUGUGGCAAAAAUAUAUUGAAUUGCAGACAAAAAUGAUAUUUCCAGAGGAUAAAAAGAUGAUAGAGCACAGAUAUACAAGCUAUCCUUUAUACUGGAUGUUUUGUGAAAGAAAUAUUCCAUAUUGGUAUGAUUCAGGGUCAAAGAUAGGAAAAUAUCUAACUAGAAUGAGUAAAAGAGCUCAAAGAAAAAGAAAGGUGUCUGUAAAAGAUGAACCCGAGGUAAUCAAAAAGGUAGUUACUUCGGAAAAUCUUAGUUCAGAAGAGGAGGAAGAGACUUCGGGAAUCUUAAAGAUAAUGAAAGCACCAUUUUAUGAUAUUGACUGCAAGGAACUUUCAAGAGCCCUCCUGGGGAAAAUUUUAGUUAAAAAAAUUGAUUGUAAUAGACACUUGGAGGGAAAAAUCGUUGAAACUGAAGCAUACAUUGGAGGACCAGAUAAGGCUUCACAUUCAUACAAUGGUAAGAAAACUCCUAGAACCGAAGCUAUGUUCAUGAAACCUGGAACAGCUUAUGUAUACAAUAUUUAUGGAGCUUAUUGUUGUUUUAACAUUUCUAGUAAAGGAGAAGGAGCUGCAGUUUUGAUCAGAGCUAUAGAACCGUUACAAGGACUCGAUGAAAUGAGACAAAAUCGUAAAAAUCACAAAAAGGCCUCAGCUAAGCUGCUAAAACCUAAGGAAAUUUGUAAUGGUCCAUCAAAACUAACUUUGGCUUUAAACAUAACUAAAGAUAAUACCAAUAAACUAAAUUUAUCAGAUCCAGAUGGUGAUAUAUACAUAAUUGACGAUGAUGAAAGCAAAUUUGACAUCGUUGUUUGUCCAAGAAUAGGAUUGAAAAAUAUUGAAAAGGAAUGGGCUGAUAAACCUUACCGAUAUUAUAUAAAGGAUAACCCAUUCGUUAGCAUACGAAACAAGGAAUGUGAAAAAUUAAUUGAGAAAUCUAAUUGA